GCUGCAGCUGCAGCGGCCGCCGCCGCCCCCGCAGCCCGACAACAAGGAGAGCUACGCGGCGGCGCGCGCCGAGCGCGACAAGGAUAGCUGCGCCGCCAGCAAGACGGAGCGCGAGCGCGUGCCCGAGCGCCGCACCAAGGAGCUCGACGGCUACGUCGGCUUCGCCAACCUGCCCAACCAGGUCUACCGCAAGGCCGUCAAGCGCGGCUUCGACUUCACGCUCAUGGUGGUCGGUGAAUCAGGCCUUGGGAAAUCGACCCUGAUAAACUCCAUGUUCCUGGCAGACAUCUACUCCAAUGAGUACCCGGGCCCUUCACAUAGGAUAAAAAAGACUGUUCAGGUGGAGACGAGUAAAGUGUUGCUCAAGGAGAAUGGUGUGAACCUGACUCUUACUGUAGUUGACACGCCUGGCUUUGGUGAUGCUGUCGACAACAGCAAUUGUUGGCAACCAGUUAUCGAUUACAUCGAAUCAAAAUACGAAGAAUAUUUGAAUGCAGAGUCUCGAGUAAACCGAAAAACUCUUGUGGACAACAGAGUCCACUGCUGCCUUUAUUUUAUAGCCCCAUCAGGCCACGGACUCAAACCAUUAGAUGUUGAGUUCAUGCAGAGGCUGCAUGACAAAGUAAAUAUCAUUCCAGUGAUAGCAAAGUCUGAUACCAUGACACCUGACGAGUGUACACAUUUCAAAAAACAGAUCCUGAAUGAAAUAUCACAACAUAAAAUUAAAAUCUAUGAAUUCCCGGACCCAGAGGAUGAAGAGGAGUCAAAAGUAAAUAAAACAUUAAAAGACAGAGUUCCAUUUGCUGUUGUUGGAUCAAACACUGUCAUCGAAGUAGAUGGCAAGAAAUUGCGGGGUAGGAAGUACCCUUGGGGAAUAGCUGAAGUGGAAAACCUCGAGCACUGUGAUUUCAUUGCAUUACGAGACAUGCUCAUCCGUACACAUCUUCAGGACCUGAAAGAUGUCACCAACAAUGUUCACUAUGAGAACUUCAGGUGUAGAAAACUUGCUGGUCUUGGGAGUGAUGGAAAGCCAACAAGGAUAUCAAAUAAGAAUCCACUAGCUCAGAUGGAAGAAGAAAAACGAGAACAUGAAGCAAAAAUGAAGAAGAUGGAAAUAGAGAUGGAACAAGUGUUUGAAAUGAAAGUAAAAGAAAAGAAGCAGAAGCUUAAGGACUCAGAAGCAGAGCUUCAGCGUCGGCAUGAACAAAUGAGGAAAACUUAUGAACAGCAAGUGAAAGAACUUGAGGAGAAAAGACGAGAAUUUGAAAAGGAGAAACAAAUGUGGGAGCAGACAAACAAUGUGUCUUUGGAGGAUCUCAGGAGGAGAAGUCUGGAGGCCAACUCAAAGGAGACAAUGGAUGGAAAAGACAAAAAUAAAAAGAAGAAAGGAUUGUUCUAGUAUUACAAGAACUAGCUACAGUCAGUGCUGGUUUCGAUCAUCACUUGUUUAAGGUUGUUGUAAAGCAGAAAAAAGAUUCACUGUUUAUUUAUUUAUACGUUGUCAGUGUGCAUAUUUUACCAUUUACGUCCUUUGGUAAUUUGUAAGAAAUUCCUUAAGCUGCCUUUCCUUUGUACAGUGUUCAAUGCAUGGUCACAACCUAUCAGAUAAAACUUUUAUUUCUUCUAUGAUCUCAUUUUACCUUCUUGCUUACUGUACAAACUUCUUUAUUUUCAUAAAGAACAGUGCCAGUUAAAGCAAUUUUUUAUCUCAUUAUCUUACAGAACAGGUGUAUAUAUAUCUGUUGCGAUAAGACCAUGAAUGCCUGCAUUAAUGAAAUAGCUAUAGAUUCAAAUUUAGUAAACUUUCAGACAUUCACUGGCAUUUAGGUUAUCAAAAAUAAUAAUAUUAUGCAUAAUAAAGUGCAAAAUUUCUAAAAGUGAAACAAGUGAGACUGAACAGUAAUGCUAUAGUUACAUAUUUGUAGUUCCUUUGUGUAUGAGGAAUAUAUCCUUUCCUAGAUGAAGGCAUUAGUAAUUUUCAAGUACCUCUUCAGUAAAUACACAAUUUUAUAAAUUGGUCUAGUACUGGUAUAUAAAUACCGUUUGGAGCAGUAAGACUGUAAGUAUAUCUGAAUUUCCUACAGCAGAUAAGCUUCAUAAGCAGUGCUCCAUGUUGGAAAUACAGAUUAAACUUUCUAGGAGAUGAAUGGGUGGGUUAUGAUCGAUACUUCCUUAUACUCUCACAAACAUUUUAAAUGUUUCGAACAGCCAACAAACUUAAGUGUCCCACUACAUUAUUUAAAAAAACACGCUUCAGAUUUCAGGUAAUUGACGGGGAAACAGAGCCUUCAGGCCCUUUUGAGGCAUUAAGAAAAUUUGUAGUAUCUUUGUGGCUGUUCGAUAUAUACAUUAAAAUCGUACAUUGUGGUUCCAUUGUGACCACAUAAAGAUAGAUCAAAGUAGUUCUUAACGGACUGCAGAAUCUAGUCUCAACCUUCCACCCAAAGAAUGAGAAAAUCCCUUCAGCUCUGUAUGUUGCACAUACUGAAACAUUAGACCUUGGCUGGUAUGAUUCCUAAUAAUUGUAGCUGAAUUCAAGAAAAUUGCAGGUGUAGGCCUUCUAUAGUAUCAUUUUUUCUGAGUUCAUUAAUGAAUAUGUUUCUUGAGAACAUUUCCAGUUGCAUAUUUUACAGAAAUAUCCAUACCAGAUUUGGCUGUUGUCACAGUUCUGUAGCAAGCAUAAACACAUAAACAGUCAGUUGACUGCAUAAUUGGUUGAGUACCACUGUGGACACUGUAUAGAAAGUGCCUCACCUGAAUCAGUGAUACUGUUUCACAUCUUCAUUGUGGUUUCUUCCAGGGAAACAGUGUUUCCUUAUUCAGUACACACCUUUUUGGCCACUGACUGUAACUAUUUUGUUUUCACUAUUGCAUGGAAUUUGUCUCCUCAAGAAGAAAAUAGUGCUAUAUAUAAAUCUCUUACCUCCGGUGUCAUAUUAUGGUAGAUACAUACUGACAUUUUGUACUUCACCCUUCUAAAGGCUAACCAUCGCUUACACUCUCCUUAUUUAUGAAACUAUAAAAAACUCUACCUUUAGAGCAUUCAAUAAGUAUAGAAUAUUGUAUUAGUAUUUCACUGAUUCUUGCCCAUCUCCUCCCCCAUCUUUUUCCCUUUUUUUGAGAAAUAUUUAAUAUUUUACAAUGUUAUAAAGUCUUUGCAGUUCUAAUGUCAAAUGAGAAAAGGGCCUAUAGCGUUCUAUGAUUGUGUGCCUCUUCAUAUAUAUUUUCUGGAAUAAAUAGAAAUACCUUCUCUUUUGUUAUUAGUUAUUGCUCUAAAUGAGAACUUUAAACAAAUUUAUCUGUUCAUAUUAGUCAUUGCUUUGAUUUGCACUGUUCUGUAAUUUUCUUGUGCCAGUGUAUAUUAAAAUAUGUACAAAUUUGCUGUUGUCCAUGUUGGCUCAUAAGAAUUCAAACUACUGUCCAGUUGACAAUUUUGUAAUUAGAAGUCAGUUCUGUGUCAGGCAGGAAAUAAUUUACAACAACUCUUGUAUUUGCUUUCAUUUUGUACAUCCUGAGUACAAAUUUUCAAGCCAAUUGUAAUAUUACCUUUUAUGGAAAUAAAACCAUGGUUCUAAUUUUAAAUGUUGUGUGGUUUGCAGGUUGCAGAUAUUCUGUGCCAAAUGUUUCUCUGUGUCCAGUAAUUAGAACAUUUUCCCACAUGUCUAAUGAGAACUGCUUUGUAUGUCUCAGUGUGUGUCAAAGUGAUAAAUGUGGUUCAAAGCUUUUGGGACUUAUUUACACCGUUGUGUGUUCCAUUUGUGACAAUGUGUGGACCCAUGAAUAAGCUACGAAUUUCGAUUUAGUUUAGGUGGCAAUAGCUGAGACAAAAUAUUUUCGCCCAUUCCCUUUUUAAUGGAAUAUUGUUAUUCCGCAUGAAGUUUUAUAUAGUAAGAAAUAGGAUUUUUAUGAGACUAUGUAUAAAUUACAAGAUUGCAUAUAUUACUUUCACAUCACCAUUAAUAUGCUUUGUAUUGUAAUUUAACUGUAGAAUCACAAAAUUAUAUUAUAAUAUAUAAAAACGAAAUGUAUCAAUAAAUGAUAUUAUUUUUCA